AGGCACAGGAGUCUGCAGCCGCAGGCCCAGUUCCCAGCAGGGAUUCCCUCGCCUGCGGGGCAGCGGUGGCACUGGCUCCCUACUUCAGCGGCCGCCCCGUGUAAUGUGACACUUGAAUCUCCAGGACGACCAACAACAAAAAAGCUAAGGCCGAGACAGCAGCUGGCUGUCAGCAGCCAGGAGCUCCCGCUGCGCUGAGCAGAGGCACCCAGGGAGCAGCCGCGGGUCAGGAAAGAGGCGUCCGCAAAGGAAGGAAGAGGUGUGAGCCCAGCUGGAGGGGAGGCCGGAGGAGAGGCACGCGGAGGCUGCUGGGCUCCCCAGCACCUGCGGUUGCCCCCCAACCCCAGAACCUGAGCUCCCAGCUCAGGAGGAAGCCCGGCAGGGACACGACACAGCAUGGCAGCCUCCAACCUUGCGCUGGAGAUGCGCUCCAUAGGGGAGAGGCUGCUGCACAAGCUGCAGAGGCUGCCCCAGGCCGAGCCCGUGGAGAUCGUGGCCUUCUCGGUCCUUGUCAUUUUCACAGCCAUCGUGCUGCUGCUGCUGCUGACGGCCGUCGGCUACUGCUGCUGCCCUAAGCGGGGAGGCAGGAGGGCCGCAGUGGGACCCACCACCCCACCGUGAGGGCCAGGGCGACGGCCGACGAGGAGCCGGAGAGGAGACCGCCAAAGCCAUGACCCAGGGAGUCAGCCUGGCCCUGCAGCCCUCACCCCUCAAGACAAAGAUCCACCGCCCCGGCCCUGGCCUAGCCCAGGAACCCAGACACUGACUGAGAGCUGGGGCCUCAUCAAGGAAAUACGGGCUGUUCGGGCCACAAAACUCUCACCUGACAGUGAACACAGGGGGCCGAGGAGUCGUCGACUGUUUCUAAGACAGAAAACCACCGGGGGUUCUGCGCCUACCUGCGCUUUCCAACAAAACACAGAAGUGGGGUCCCCACACCUGGAGAACAGCCCGCACGUGUGGGGAGCUGGCCUCAAGGCUCCCACGCCAAAGAGGAGCAGGCCAAUCGGAGAGGGGCUUUGCACAGUAGCUCCUAAGUCCCGAGCUCCCCCCAGAGCACGGACAUGUCUGUGUUCCAUUCCAGUAUUUGCCUGUUUCUUUCCCAGUAAAAGCUUUCUGGUUAUGUGUU